UUUGUUUCAAGUCAGUCAAUGACUCUCCUUAUUUUCCUCUGCAUUUGGGGUGGAGAAACAGCCCCAAAACUCCCCCCACAAAUAGCAAAACCUGCCAACUCUAACAACAAAUUUUCUCUUGAAACCCAAUGGAGAUCUCACCAGCAUCGUCAUCAUCAUCAUCAUCAUCAUCAGCUUCGCCUGCCCUCCUUGAAGCACUUUCCAGGGCCUCCAAUUCUCUAUUUUACCCUCCUGCAUUUGCUCUCAUAUCUUUAUGCUCAACUUCAGCCCUGCAGGUUCCUUGUUGCUGGUUGAUAGUUUAUUUGUUCAUCAGCUAAAUGGGGUCCAAGUCUUCAAAGCAUUCAACAGAAACCACCGGAGGAGGAGAUACUAGCACAAUUCUAACUCAUUUCCAUUUCCAAGUAAUCUCCUUUCUCACUGGAAGUUCUUAUAUUCGGAACUUGGUCUCGAAGCAACGCAGGAGGAUGCUGGUAGAAGGUUAUGAUCUUGACAUGUCUUAUAUCACAGACCGUUUGUUAGCCAUGUCUUUUCCUGCUGAACGAAUGAGAGCUGUUUACAGAAACCCUCUUUGGCAAGUCAAAUCUGUGCUAGACAUGAGACACAAUCAACAUUAUAAGGUAUAUAAUUUAUGUAUAGAAGAAUGUUAUGAUCCAGAACAUUUUUAUGGGCGUGUAGAGAGAUACCCUUUUGAUGACAACCAUGUUCCACCUCUCGAAAUGAUCAAACUUUUCUGUGAGAGUGUGGAUUCAUGGCUGUCAACUGACCCUAAAAAUAUUGCAGUCAUUCAUUGCAUGGCAGGCAAAGGUCGAACUGGGUUAAUGGUAUGCGCAUAUCUUGUUUACAGUGGCAUGUCAGUUGAGGAGGCUCUGCAAUUAUAUGCUCAUAAACGAACUACUAACAAUGAAGGAGUCACUAUACCAAGCCAGAGGCGUUAUGUGGGAUACUGGGGUAGCACACUUUCUUUUCCAAGGGGGCUUCAUAAUGGACCUCCAGAUGUGAACUUGCCACAGAAAUGUACCAGAGAGUUGCUGCGAGUUCGACUUUAUGACACAGUCAACACCGACACAGUCUUCUUUGUGGUCUUACAGUUGCAGGAGACUCCAGGUGAGCUCUACUGCCCUGCGAUGGAAGUUUCCAGGAGUAUUUGCAGAGAAGUAAGAAAAGGGUAUGAGAGAAAUACUGAUCCGCAAUAUUUUGUCUCUUUUAUUGAUGAUGAAGAUGGAGAGGGAAACAAAUCAGAAUCAGAAGAACGGGUCGUUGUCCAAAUGGAUACAGAAUCCCCCAUAAUCUACCAAAAGACUUGUCUCGAUCAUUAUUUUGACAAACCUUUACAAGUAACUGGUGAUGUUCGCGUCAUAUUCUACCAGAAAAUGAUUGGAUCACGCCUCUUCUACGCUUGUUUCAACACAGCAUUCAUCAAAAACAGCUUGCUUCAGUUCACUAUAAGGGAUUUGGACAAAGUUGGGAGCAGAGGUCGAUCAAUUUGCGGCCCUGCAUUUUGCCUGGAGUUGCUAUUUGGACCUGCAAAUCCAACGUCUUCAAUGUCACAAACAACUGACGAAGACGAUGAAAACGAUGGUGAUCUUAACACAAAUUCAUCCUGAAAUCAAUAUCCAAACGAGGAGGGAUGAUGAUGGUGAUUAUUUUAGUGUGAAUUUGUUCUAAAAUCUUUUACUGUAGAUAAUCUUUCAACAGGUACAAGUGUGUCAGACAGAUCCAAUGGCAUGAAAAUGGCUUGGCCCCUGGUUUUUACAUGGAGGGGUUGAAGCACUAGGAACAGUAAGAGCAAAGAGCAAAGUCUGUACAUUAGAAUUUUGAGAGGAGCAUUUGGUGGAUGAUGUUUCUGCCAUUUGUCUCUGGUUUGUGAAUGAAAUUGAGUCAAAAUGUCAUCUUCAUCACCAUUAUACAUGGGACAUUAUUAUUUCUCCUGUGUAUUCAUGCCCACAUGUUGUUUUGCAGUACAUUUUUGGGGUGUAUUUGCAAACCUUGAGAAUUGAGUACAAACAUGAAAAAAAAAUUUAUAA